AUGGUGCCAAUCAUGCAUGAUCAGGAAAUGACUGAUGUCUAUGAUCAAAAUACAAUGAUAGACGCUGAGAAGACCAGUGGAAACGAGGCAGAGAGACAAGGAGCACUGUUAAAUAUGCAGAAACUUGACAAUGAAGGGUUCAAGAGUAAGAUGAUUAAGAAUAACUCAGAUGCAGUCGUCAUUCCAGGAAAUAGUUUUUCUACUGUGCUUGCAAUAGGAGAACAUCCUGGAAUUAUCGUUCCAGCAGGGUAUGAGGAUGAUGGAAUGCCUGUUGGAAUAUGUUUCGGAGGAUUAAGAGGUUCAGAACCAAAGCUGAUUGAAAUUGCUUACGGGUUUAAACAGAUUAAACUUAUUAGGAAACCUCCUCCUUCUACCACUUUCAUCAGUGAUGUAUAA